GAUUCCAUCGAUAUGUUAGUGCUAAAAUAAACACUUUGGCGCAGUCUAUACAUUUGGGCUCGUUCCUAAAAUUUCAGUAUUCUUGAAAAAUCCAAAAUGGCCGCUCAAUUUUCCCUCCCAUUUCAAAUCUCUCCAUUUUAAUCUUCACAAAUUCCUCAAAUAUUCACUUUCCAAUUUUCCGCAAUUUUUUUCCUUCAUAUAUUCAAUCUUUUCCCUCCAAUCCAUUCUUCAAAUCCUCAAUAAACUCAAAGCUCUAGCAAACCCUAACAACACCUUUCAUUUCUCCUACAAAUUCAUCUCUUACAAUUCGUUUUAAUGAAAAAUCAUUACUCAGAAACCCUAGAAACUGACACUAAACCAUUUAAUUUAGUAGAUUCUCAUGAAACCCUAGAUAAAUCGAACAAAUCAGAAGAGUUAUAUAUGGAGGAAGAAGAAUUGGAUGCAUCACCUGUUCGUACAUACACUCCGUAUUUCCAAAGCCGUUGGGCUCAACCUUGGGGUAAAGUCACUCAUCCCAAGCCUCUCUAUACACAAAAAACUGCACCCAAGCCUAAGGAUGAUGAGCCAUCGCCUUCUGAUUGGACACAACAAGCUGCUGCCAAGCCUAAGGAUGACAAGCCAUCGCCUUCUGAUUGGACACAACAAGCUGCUAACGAGUCUAUUGAUGAGGAGCCAUCGCCUUUUGAUUGGACGGAUGGAUCGCCGGAAAAUAAAGAAUUGGCACAAGUUGAGCCUAAGUGGAAUUUUUCUCAUAUAGAUGAGGAAGCUAAGUCUAUGCUGGGUGCAGGGCUUUCUAAUUUGGGAAAUACGUGCUUUCUAAAUGCGGUUCUGCAAUCUUUCAUGCACACGGUGCCUUUGAUUCAGGGCCUUAAGUCGAGUCAUCAUUCCACACCCUGUGAUGGUUACCUGAAGGGUUUCUGUGUAAUUUGUGCGUUGAGGAAGCUUAUUGAUGCUUCACUGUUUUCCGAGGCUGGUGUAGUCUCUCCCUGGAAAUUUGUUAACAAUUUGAACUAUUUUUCUUCCACUUUCCGUCGGUUCCAACAGGAAGAUGCUCACGAGUUUCUACAGUGUUUUCUGGAUAAACUUGAAAGACGUUGUGAUGAUUCAAGACCAAAAGACUGCCCAACUUUGGAGGCUGACAACAUUGUGAAGCAGGCUUUUGGAGGUCGUUUAGUUAGCAAAUUGCGGUGUUGUAAUUGUGGCCACUCUUCUAACACUUUCGAGCCUCUAAUAGAUCUGUGUUUGGAGAUUGAGGAUGUUGACAGCCUAGACACAGCUCUGGAGUCUUUCACAAAGGUUGAGAAAAUUGAGGAUUCAGAAAUAAAGUUUACAUGUGAAAAAUGUAAGGAGCAAGUCUCCAUUGAGAAGCAGCUUGUGCUGGAUAAGGCCCCUUCUGUCGCUGCCCUUCAUUUAAAGAGAUUCAAAACAGAUGGUUGUCUUGUUGAGAAGAUUGACAAAUAUGUUUCAUUUCCUCUGGAAUUGGACUUGCAUACUUAUGCUGAUAACAACCAAAUCGAUAAUGAAGAAAUGAAGUAUGAUCUUUAUGCAGUUAUAGUGCAUAUAGGAUUUUCAUACAGUUCUGGGCAUUAUUACAGCUUCAUUCGCUCUGCUCCAAAUGAGUGGUACAAAUUUGAUGACUCAAAGGUUGUUCGGGUUCGAGAAGAUUAUGUUUUGUCACAGGAAGCAUACGUUCUAUUUUACGCAAAGAGGGGCACUCCCUGGUUUUCAGAUUUUAUUGAAGGGCAAAAGCCCUUCAUAGAUCCGUCAAUACGGAAUACUUCUCCCAAGUCUGUCUUAGAGAAUACAGAUACUGUCUCCGCAACUUCUCCCCGUCUACCAAGUGCCCAGGCUUUCCGUGUGAAAGAAUCCAAUGGUUCUGCAAAUGAGUCAUCUCCCAAUUCUCGCAACAAGGUUCAGGAUAGUAAAGGAAAGGAAAAUACGCAGAUGAUGUCUGCUCCUAGACCACCAUUACGUGCAAGUAAUAUUCUGGAUUCCAAGUCACCUGAAUUGGAUAAAGUGUCUUUACCUUCAGUACUCAAAGAAAACCGCAGUGCUCCGGACCCUGUUUCAACCAGCAGGACUCUAUAUAUCACACCCGAAACACCACGUAGAUCCCCAAGCCCAGAGAUAUACAGAGAAGAUCCCCCAGAUAAUGAUUACCAUAUUCCUCGUGGUCAUCUAAGAACGACAGGCCAGGUAUCUUGCAAAAAGCAACUGCAGAAGGAGCUAGAACAGGACAUGGAAAGAAAGCAGGCGUGUUCUCUGAUAAAGAAAAACAUGCGUGGGUCUAGAGCCCAGCAAUUACUAGCUGCAAUGAGAGGCUCACAAAGUGAAGGUUCCGCUACCAAGAGGAGGAGAAGGAUGGAAGUAUCUCCAACUAGAGAUGACAGUAAUUCCACCAGUCGCCGAAGGUCUAGCUUUGGCUCUACGUUGCGUACUGCAAUGGCUGGCAGCAUGAGAUAAGCUAAUGGGCAAAUACUAGUAAUUUCUAACUGGAAACUCUGAACUAAUGGAGUUAUGGAAUAGGGUCCUCCUACCAAGCACUAGGCAUCUUGUAUCCUCAAAACAAACACGGCUCUAGGUUGUUUUAUAGAUAUUAGCUGUUUUUUGUUCAUAUUUCAGAGUUCCAUUGUAUAGUGCUGAGUAAGAGUUUUAUGUUUUAUUCUCUUGGGAAUAAUUAUUACUCCCAUAUAUCUAAGAACUUUGCGAGCUUUUGCAGUA